AGCAGCAGCAGCAGGCGAGCAGGAAGGCAGGCGCCGCCAUGGGAGCGCCGAAGCUUCUCGGCGGUGUUGCACUGGUCGGCUCUACAGUGUUCUAUAUCCUCCCCAUGUCCAUGCAUGUGGCGUUCGGCGCGGAUAUUCCCCCCUCCACCUACUUCGGUAUGGCGGUGUUGAUUGGGCUGCCGAUCUUGGGUUUCAUCGCUUUCGAGAUGUGGAAGACUCUGGGCGAUAACCGUCGGGUUCGAAAAGAGCGGCGCAAACUGGAGGCCAUCAAGGCGCAAUCGUUUGGAUGCAUCCGGCCGCAAGUGCUUGACUCCUUCGUGGUGUUCCCCGUUAGGGUCAACAAGCGCGGCUGUGCUGGAUCUUCUUGGGUAGAACUGGGAGAGCAGGCCGUGGCGGUCAAUCUCUGCGCCGCUGUUAACAUUUCGGGGGCGGUGGACACGGAGGGCCCAUUGAGAAGGCUGUGCGAGGCGACGUUUGGUUCGGAGCUGGACGUCAUCGUGUACUGCGGCGGUGGGACAGCAGGACCGACGGGGUUAGCAGUGGGAGUAGGCCGCCAAAACUUUGGACCCUACCUAGCCAGCCGGGUGGCGCAUUCUAUCAAGGAGGCUAUGAGACUGGGGAUCCAGGGUCAAUGACAAGCGGCAGUAGAAUGGAUAUAUAGGAGUUAUUUUAAGCUGCAUGGGUGUUUGGCAAGACCGAAAGACACGUUCGCCCAGAGUCUCUACCAAAGAUUCGACAAUGUUGUUUUUGGCAGAGGGGGCGGACAAAACAACGAACUAGCUCUCACGCGCGUUCGGAAAUCUGAGCAGUCGCGUCGACGCUCCGCAAUUUUCUCUCAAGUUCACCGGGACGUACGGUCCAACGAGGGGUGGGUCUCGAUUGGAGCACAGAACCCUGCAUUGCAGAACAGUACAACCGCCACUCUUUUUUUCGGGGUUGGUCGCUGGUCUUUGACAACUUUCGGCGGAAGUGGGUUGUCGAACCAUGCUUGUAAACUAAAUUUUCAUUCACCGCAGCCUCGUUUGGCCAAGAGCUGUUGGCCUGGGUUACCUGCCCCGGCCCAGCGCAGGCAAUAUGUCGGGGAUGCUGCAGGUAUAGUCUAUCGACAUGCCCCAGAACGAAACACAUCUGAGGAGGCCUGGGUUAGGAACGUUGGUUUUCCCUCACGGAGUACAAGGAGCCUCGGAACCGUUUGCCGUGCUUUGAAGAGUUUCCUCCUCCAGCUGCCCUAUGGAAGAGGUGGCGAAUCAUUCCUUCAAGAGGGCCAUUGCCGGGCAGGGGUCACAGGCCUCUGUUUAUUACGUAUUCGCCAGUCGAAUAGGUGCGAUCGGCGCCAGGACCUCUGAGACGAGCGCACAUAUCGGGUAAUAUGUUGGAGGUAACGCGAUUGGGUGUCGUUGGGUCAGGGGGGGGGCAGAU